UACCUAAUCGUAUCCCAUAAGUAUUGGUAUCAAUAUCUUAACAUCAAUAUAUCUUAACACUCCUAAUUAACUAAUUAAUUAUGUAUAUACGUAUAUAUAAUUAAAAUUAAAUAAAUCCUAUAAGCCUACUUUAUGUAUGUAGUGUAGAUAGAGGUAGUAGCUUCUUCGGAUCUCUAUAAAUGGCACUCCAGCCACCCACCUUUCUUCCUCACUUCCACUCAUCAGUUAAUAUAUAUAUCUCCAACAUAUACAUAUAGUGUACGUACGUACGAUUAUACAUACACACACACAGAGAUAUAUACAGUUUAAAAUACGUAUAAAAAAAUGGCUCCGAUGAAGCUUGAAAGAAUGCUGAGCAUGAAAGGCGGCAAAGAUGAAUCCAGCUACGUUAACAACUCUCAGGCCCAGGCGCAGCAUGCUCGGUCGAUGCUCCAUCUUCUGACAGAAACCCUCGACGGCGUGCGGCUGAGCUCUCCGCCGGAGUACUCCCCCGCCAACUUCGUGGUGGCGGACUUGGGCUGCUCCUGCGGGAGCAACACCAUCCACAUGGUUGACGUCAUCAUCAAGCACAUGACCAAGCGCUACGAGGCGGCGGGGUUCGACUCUCCGCCGGAGUUCUCCGCCUUCUUCUCCGAUCUUCCCUCCAACGACUUCAACACCCUCUUCCAGCUCCUCCCUCCCUACGGCGGCUCCAGCAUGGAGGAGUGCCUCGCCUCUGACAGCCACCGCUCUUACUUCGUCGCCGGAGUUCCCGGCUCCUUCUACCGCCGCCUUUUUCCGGCGAAGUCCGUUGACGUGUUCUACUCUGCCUUUUCUUUGCACUGGCUAUCGCAGGUUCCUGAAGUGGUGUUAGACAAGAGAUCAACGGCGUACAACAAGGGGAAGAUAUUCAUCCACGGUGCAAAUGAGAGCGCAGCGAUUGCAUACAAGAAGCAAUUCCAGAGUGAUCUGGCAGGAUUCUUGAGAUCAAGAUCCAAUGAGAUGAAGCCAGGUGGAUCCAUGUUUUUGGUUUGCUUGGGCCGGACUUGUGUGGACCCCACCGACCAAGGUGGGGCUGGCCUUCUCUUUGGGACCCACUUUCAGGAUGCUUGGGAUGACCUUGUCCAGGAGGGGCUAAUCACUAGCGAAAAGCGGGACAAUUUCAAUAUCCCGGUGUACGCGCCGAGCCUGGAAGAUUUCAAGGAGGUGGUUGAAGCCGACGGCUCAUUCGCCAUCAACAAGCUGGAAGUUUUCAAGGGUGGGAGCCCACUGGUGGUCAACCACCCAGAAGACGCGGCUGAGAUCGGCCGAGCUCUGGCCAACAGCUGCCGCAGUGUCAGCGGCGUUCUGGUGGACGCGCACAUAGGUGAAGAUCUCAGCGAUGAGCUCUUCUCCCGCGUGGCGAGCCGAGCCACGAGCCAAGCCAAGGAGCUGCUGGACCAGCUUCAGUUCUUUCACAUUGUUGCUUCGCUUUCUUUGAGUUAUUAAUAUUAUUAUAUAUAUUAUAGUUGACACGUACUCUAGUUAAUUAGAAAAUUAAGGUGAUGAUGUCUAGUUUAAUUUUUCUCUUUGUUAAUUACUAUGUGAUCUUUUCACUUUCUCUUUGUAUUUUAUUUGUGCUAUAUAUAUAUUAUGUUAUUGACCUUUGAUAUAAAACUAAUGUAUGGAAGUUAGUUUUCGGCUUUUAUAUAAGUAAAUACU